UUCAUUUUGAAGCAAAGUACAGCAUCUUAGUUCUGAAAGGACUAAGAUUUUCAGCUCAGAAAAACUGGUCUGUUUCUGAAGAGAGUAACAUUAUCAAUGGCUGUGAAAUGGGUUGCUGCAAAGGCUUUCAUUGCUUUUGUUCUUCUUGUUUCGGUCUCAGCAGCAACUCCUUCUUCUCAUCAGAAUAAUGCAGACAACAAAACACCAUCAAAUGGAAGUGUAGGGGUUGAUUAUCAUGCCAAAGUGUUUUACAAGCACCAUUGGCCGAGUAUGAAAUUUGGGUGGAGACUAAUAGUAGGAAGCAUAGUUGGAUUUCUAGGAUCAGCAUUUGGAACUGUUGGAGGUGUUGGUGGUGGUGGCAUCUUUGUGCCCAUGCUUACUCUUAUUGUUGGAUUUGAUCAAAAAUCAGCAACAGCAAUUUCAAAAUGCAUGAUUACUGGUGGAGCAACAGCAACAGUUUUCUAUAAUUUGAGGCAAAGACACCCCACACUUGAUUUGCCCGUGAUUGAUUAUGACUUAGCACUUCUUUUCCAACCAAUGUUGAUGCUUGGAAUCAGUAUUGGAGUUGCUUUCAAUGUCAUUUUUCCUGAGUGGAUGCUAACAGUUUUGCUGAUUAUAUUUUUCGUUGGCAUUUCAAUUAAAUCCUUCCUGAAGGGUGUUGAUACAUGGAAGAAAGAAACCAUUAUGAAGAAGGAAGCUAAGAAGAAUUCACGGAUUGACGAUAUUGGAACUCCUGAAGAUGCUGCACAUUAUAUUCAAACAGAAGACCCUGCCAAAGAUAUUAAUGAACCAAAGAAAAAGGUUUCUCUAGUUGAGAACAUUCGUUGGAAGGAACUUGGACUUCUUUUUUCUGGCUGGAUCAUGAUUCUUGGAUUAGAGAUUGCAAAAAAACACACAACAACUUGCUCAAGGUUAUAUUGGUUAAUGAAUCUACUUCAGGUUCCCAUAGCUGUAGGAACGAGUUCAUAUGAAGCUGUGCGUCUAUACAAAGGGAAGAGAAUCAUAGCAUCCAAGGGAGAUCAACAAACACAUUUUUGUGUGCUGCAGUUGGUUCUAUUCUGUGCUUGUGGCACACUUGCUGGCAUGAUUGCUGGUUUGCUAGGCCUUGGUGGAGGAUUCAUCUUGGGACCCCUUUUCCUUGGUCUAGGAAUUCCUCCUCAGGUUGCAAGUGCUACAUCCACUUUGGUAAUGGCUUUUUCUGCAUCUAUGGCAGUGGUGGAAUAUUACCUUCUUAAACGUUUCCCCGUUCCUUAUGCUCUUUUCUUCGUAAGCAUAGCCACUGCUGCAGCACUAGUUGGACAGCAUUUAGUGAAAAAGGCCAUUGCCAUACUAGGAAGAGCAUCUGUGAUCAUUUUCAUCCUAACCUUGACACUCUCUGUUAGUGCAGUUUUACUAGGUGGAGUAGGAGUUGUACACAUGAUUCAAAAGAUUGAACAUAACGAGUACAUGGGAUUUGGGGACCUUUGCACGUACAGGGUCCACAAAUGAUGUUCAGGGAAAGGUUGGUGAACAUUCAGAAUCUCAUAUCUAUCUACAAAGACCAGAUUAGAGAGAGAGAAAUGAAGAAUGUAAUAAAUGAUUAAUGUGAAAAGAGAGAGAGGGAUGAAGAGAAUUUGAGAGUGUCAAAUGAAUGUUUACAAUGAUAAAAUGUUGAUAUAUCAAUGUUCUAAGGUUCCUGAUGGAUGGUAUUUAUUGUAGAACUAUAUGUUUAGUUAAUAAAAAGCUAUAGAAAUUUAUGAAA